AACAGAAAAGUGCACAAGUUAAACAAAAAUAAAUCAACCAAUUGCAGUGCAAUGUAUUUUCAUUGUUUAUUGAUUCCCCCUAAUGUGUUUAACUCGUGAUCGACCCUUAACAUUACACAACCCCCGGAGCAUGAUCAACUGCACAGCCGUGAGAACGUGCAAUGAAUAGUUACUCUGCGUUUGUUGAUGCCGAGGCAAUCAAAAUGAAUGAAAGAAAAGCCGAAGUGCAUAUGACUUUAAUUGAAAUGCUGAAAACUAUUCAAUGAAGAGCAGUGCCGAGGCUGCUGGGUGAAGUGCUGCGGCGGUCAAGGCUACAAUCGAGGAACCUAGACCGUAUAUCAUUGGUUCUAAAACCAAUUCUAUAGCAAUUUGUCAAGCAACUUUGUUGACGGCUGACAAAGUGAAUGAAAAUAUUGAACUUAUCUGCAGCCAUCCGACAAGCUUAUUAACAGAAACAAAGACAUUAGCCCAGCCGAAGUGGAUUUUUCACGGCACCCACCUACAAAAGCAAACGCAAACUUUGAGAUACAUUUAUGAGUGCUAAUAAAGUGUAAGGUCUGCUAACUGGCACAGUGUGAAUAAUGAUAGAGAUGUGAAGUGUCGUAGCGUAAGCGAAGGAAACCAGGAAGUAUUGCACCAGCUUGCCCCUGUUUGAAUUUAUCACUUAAAUUACAAAAGCCGCACGAUGAAUGCCACCAAGGACUACAUAUUGAUGGACCCCACGGAACAGAUAUCGCAGACCUUAGAUCUGCAGCAAAAUGACACACACAGCCAACGAACACACCCUACUGUGGAAGAGUAUUAUGGAAACAUGACUGCCUUUCUCAGCCUCGCAAUCUUCAUAGCCAGUCUGCUGACCAUCCUGAACAUCUGCAUCUUCUCCACGACGGUCUCACGGCUGCGGCGUCACCUGAACAAGCCGCUCCUGAGGCCCUCGAUUAUGAUGGUCGGCCUGUAUCCGAUUAUCUCGGUGGCUGCCCUGGUUACCAUUCUGGUGCCCUACUCCUGGUUCAUCUGCCACACGGUGAUGCACGUGAUGUUCAUGGUCGGCGGGCCGGUGUUCCGCACCCUGCUCUUCCGUUACGUAAGCUCGGAGCAGAACUACGUGAAGGAGACUGGCGGCGAGGCGGUGCAACUUAAUACUCCUCCGUGCUGCUGCUGGUGCCUCUGCCUGCCGCUGGUAAUUCCCACCAAGGCGAAGCUCUGCAUCUCCAGAUACAUGGUCUGGCAAAUGCCCUUCUGGCAGGGGUCCAUCAUGCUGGUGAUGAACAUCCUGUACUACAAGGACAUUCAGCUGUACCGCCAGGUCAUGUACUUCUUCAUCCCCUUCAUCGUCUGCUCCAUUGUCCUGGGCGUUUGGUCCCUGCAAAUCACGGUGCGGGCGAUCACCAAGCUGCGGGGCGACUAUCAGCUGCGGAAGAAGAUGUUCUGCCUCCAAUUGGUGGUCAUGUUGUGCAAGCUGCAGUACCUGAUUCUUUACGAUCAGCUGGACGGCAUCAAAAUGGGCGGGGAGUAUCCCAUCAAUCACACCAUCUACAAGCAAACCAUCAUUAACAUCCUUAUCCUGGUGGAAAUGGUUCUGGUGUCCAUGAUGGUGCAGAGCGCGUAUCGAACGCCCAUUCAGGUUCAAGUCGACGAGGUCAAUAAGGAAAGGGAAAUAACUCGCAUUUGAAAAUUUUGAGGAUGAUGGAGCUUUAGUAGAAAGUAGAAACAUAUUGUGAUAAAUUUAAUAAAGAAAAUGUAGUUAAAUUUA